CAGAGAAGUGCAGAUCCUGAAGCUGGGACACACAGACUGAUACUGUGGGACACACAGACUGAUACUGUGGGACACACAGCCUGAUACUGUGGGACACACAGCCUGAUACUGUGGGACACACAGCCUGAUACUGUGGGACACAACUUAUAAAUAAGGACACAGAGUCUUGUGCAGGGGGACACACAGCCUGAUACUGUGGGACACACGGCCUGAUACUGUGGGACACAACUUAUAAAUAAGGACACAGAGUCUUGUGCAGGGGGACAUAGAGAUGUGGACCAGUUCAAUACAGUGGUAAAAGUCAGAGGAGAAUAGUUUUGUGACACCAUCGCUCUCCCUUCUAUCCCACUGAAGUUGGCUCCUUUUUCUUCUCAAGAAAUGUGAGAAGAUGCUGAGGAACUUCAGACUCCAAGGAACGAGAAAACUUAUAGAAAACUUAUGGAUAACUGCUGGGAUAUAACUGGAUCCUGAGGUUUCUACUGGACAGAACCUGAGACUGAGAGACAAUUUCUGAUACACCAUCGCCAUCUACAGAUGAAAUGGCAGCGCCUACAGCUGGCACGACCAGUACCAGCUUUGAUGUUAUUAUUACUCAUUACAACUACACCGGAAAACUAAAGACCAGCUCCGUCAGCGAAGUCAAGCCAACAUCUAUACUCUUCAUUAUCAUCUGCUGCUUCAUUGUUCUUGAGAACAUUCUAGUACUCCUUACCAUCUGGAGAACCAAGAAGUUCCAUCGACCCAUGUACUAUUUCAUUGGUAACCUGGCUCUCUCCGACCUACUGGCUGGGGCAGCAUACACUGCCAACAUCCUGUUGUCUGGGCACAACACGUACCUACUAAGCAAGGAGCAGUGGUUGGUACGAGAAGGAAGCAUGUUUGUAGCUCUUUCAGCCUCAGUGUUUAGCUUACUGGCCAUAGCUAUUGAGCGCUACAUCACAAUGCUGAAAAUGAAGCUGCAGAGUGGGAGCAACAGCUGCAGGUCAUUCCUCUUGAUCAGUGCCUGCUGGGUCCUCUCAUUGUGCCUUGGAGGGAUGCCCCUCAUGGGAUGGAACUGUAUCGAUCAGCUUCCAUAUUGCUCUACAGUUCUGCCCUUAUACCACAAGAGUUACAUUCUUUUCUGCACCACGAUAUUCAGCUUGUUGCU